CAGGCGUUCAAGUCGUUCCACUUGUCGGCCGCAAGCAAAUCGGGCCGACACUGUUCGGCGCCGACCCUACUGUUCCUACGGCCCACUCCCAGCCCCACAUUUGUUACGCUGAAGGGCGGCGCCAACGAGUUGCAAAGUAUCACUGAAACCGUGGGCUCCCAGAGCGAGACCGGGGGCUGGAGUAACACCGAGUGCUCGUGGGAUGAGGAGACAGAUAACGGUCGCAAUAGUGUUGACCACAAUCAUAGCAAGAGUAACAAUCACUGCUCCCGGUGCUGGACAGCCAUUCAACGUGGACUCAAAAUUAUAGUGAAUCACAAUUACUUCAAAAGAGCCAUAUUUUUAGCCAUUCUCGGCAAUACUCUAUGUAUGGGCAUUGAAUACCACAACCAACCGCCCAGUCUCACCCAGACAGUUGAGAUUAGCAAUGUCAUUUUUACAGCUAUAUUUGGCUUUGAAAUGGUCCUCAAACUGUCUGCUGACGGCUUCUUCUCAUACAUAUCGUCCGGUUUUAAUGUCUUCGACGGAAGUAUUGUACUCUUGAGUCUUCUGGAACUGCUCGAAGAGCACGGAAGCGGUCUAUCAGUGCUCCGAAGUUUUCGUUUAUUACGGAUCUUAAAGUUGGUCCGAUUUAUGCCAGCCCUCCGACGACAACUGGUCAUUAUGUUGAGGACUAUAGACAACGUCGCCAUCCUAACCCAAGAGGACUGGAAUGUGGUUCUGUUCAAUGGUAUGGAGAGGACGUCUCCAUACGCUGCCCUCUACUUCGUGGCGCUCAUGACUUUCGGCAAUUAUGUGCUCUUCAAUCUGUUGGUCGCUAUUCUGGUCGAGGGUUUCUCGCAGGAGGAUGAGAAGAAAGGGUCCAUCUCUGACGACAUGUCCGACGAUCCGGAGGUGAAGAGAGAGAAACUCAUCUAUUUUUAUGGACCGGAAGAUAAUCUGGAGAGAGAAAUGCAACUCUUAGCCAACUCUGCUGCCAACCAAGGGUUCGNGUCUGUCAAUAAGUCUUCCAAUAAUAGUCAUAAUAACAAUAAGUACUGUGCGAAUAGGGGUGACAGUAGGGACAACCCGCACCACCCGGUCCCUCACCACAACUCCAUUCAAGCGGUUGACUGCGUUAGGAGGCGCCCGGCGGAGGCCAUCGGCGAUAACCAGGCGUUCAAGUCGUUCCACUUGUCGGCCGCAAGCAAAUCGGGCCGACACUGUUCGGCGCCGACCCUACUGUUCCUACGGCCCACUCCCAGCCCCACAUUUGUUACGCUGAAGGGCGGCGCCAAUGAGUUGCAAAGUAUCACUGAAACCGUGGGCUCCCAGAGCGAGACCGGGGGCUGGAGUAACACCGAGUGCUCGUGGGAUGAGGAGACAGAUAACGGUCGCAAUAGUGUUGACCGCAAUAAUAGCAAGAGUAACAAUCACUGCUCCCGGUGCUGGACAGCCAUUCAACGUGGACUCAAAAUUAUAGUCAAUCACAAUUACUUCAAAAGAGCCAUAUUUUUAGCCAUUCUCUUCAAUACUCUAUGUAUGGGCAUUGAAUACCACAACCAACCGCCCAGUCUCACCCAGACAGUUGAGAUUAGCAAUGUCAUUUUUACAGCUAUAUUUGGCUUUGAAAUGGUCCUCAAACUGUCUGCUGACGGCUUCUUCUCAUACAUAUCGUCCGGUUUU